AACAAAAAGUGUAUAAAAUGAAGUUCCAUUUGCUUGGUCUUCUGGGUGCAGUGCAGCUUCUUGGCCUAGUUCAGGCUGGUAAUCUAGUUUGCUAUUACGAUUCGGCCUCAUAUUUGCGUAAAGGCCUGGCCAGGCAAACACCGAGUGAUCUGGAUUUAGCUCUACAAUUCUGCACCCAUCUUGUCUAUGGCUAUGUGGGCUUGAAUCCACAAAACUUUGAGGUGCACAGCCUUAAUGUGGAUGUGGAUAUGUUCAAUUUCAAGGAUAUAACAAUGUUGCGUACACGAUAUCCACAAUUGAAGGUGCUCUUGAGUGUGGGCGGUGAUCAUGAUGUGGAUGAGGCCCAUCCGAAUAAAUAUCUAGAUCUAUUGGAGGCGAAUCGCACAAUGCAACAGAAUUUCAUAGACAGUACUAUGAUUUUGGUGCGUCGAAAUGGUUUCGAUGGCUUGGACUUGGCUCUUCAGUUCCCCAAGAAUAAGCCAAGAAAAGUGCAUGGCACAGUGGGUACAUAUUGGAAGAAAUUCAAGAAACUAUUCACAGGCGAUUAUAUAGUCGAUCCUAAUGCUGCACUACAUAAAGAGUCGUAUAGCGAGUUGGCAGUGAAUUUACGCAGAGCAUUUCAAACUGCCAAUCUCAUGUUGACCAUGACCGUAUUGCCCAAUGUCAAUUCAACGUGGUACUUUGAUGUUGCCAAAUUGCAUUCCCAGUUCGACUUUAUCAAUCUGGCUGCCUUUGACUUCCUAACACCAACGCGUAAUCCCGAUGAAGGCGACUAUAGUGCACCCAUCAAAUUCCUCGAUGAGGAGAAUCGUUUGCCUUUCUUAAAUGUGGAAUAUCAAAUAGAUUACUGGCUCCAUAACCACUGUCCGCCACAGAAACUAAAUUUGGGCAUAGCCAGCUAUGGCAGAGCCUGGAAAUUGACCUCGGGUUCGGGUUUAAGUGGUCUGCCUGUGGUGCCACAAACCGAUGGACCAGCAUCGGGAGGCCUUCAAAUUGCCAGCACCGAUGGCUUACUAAGUUGGCCAGAGAUUUGUGCCAAAUUGGCCACCAAUAACACGGCUGCCUAUAGAGGAGCAAAUGCUCCCUUACGCAAAGUCACCGAUCUUACACAGAAAUAUGGCAACUAUGCCCUUCGUCCGGCCAAUGAGGAUGGUGAACAUGGUUUCUGGGUUAGUUACGAUGAUCCCGAUUUCGCUGGCAUUAAAGCUGCCUAUGCCAAAGGCAGGGGACUUGGUGGUGUGGCUAUCUAUGAUCUGAGCUAUGAUGAUUUCCGUGGUCUUUGUACGGGUCAGAAAUAUCCCAUUGUACGUUCAGUUAAAUAUUUUAUUGCCUAAAAUUUCAAAAGAUUUUUGUAUACUUUAUACCUACUUUUUGUUUAAGUCUAAUGUAAUAAAAAUUAUAAAAAUGUCUCUGUUUAUUACACAUUCUAA